UUGGUUACGGCAUGUUUUAUGGGCAUUGCCGCAUUAGAUGGUUAGGACCUAUUUUAAGCCUGCCUCAUUACAUAAUUGACGCAGUUGUAAUUUUUAGAAUAGAAAUUAAGAUUAAUAAAAUCUGGAUUUGCAGGAAAAUGUACCUGUUUUACUGGUUCGUAACCAUUGGUGGUGCAUUAUUUUUUGUCAAUGGCCAAUUGAGAAUGAAUUACAAUCAAGUGCAGUACCAACUACCAGCGCAUCUUCCAUAUAACCCGCCACCGUUCUAUGCUGCCGCAUACCCUCAACCGCCUCCUGUAGCGAACACGAGCACCAGAAAAUGUGGUGAUUAUCCUGUUCGACUUCCGCCAAUGCGGAACUUUCAACCCGAAAAGACAGAUGGCAUAUGGCACACUUACCGGGUGCUACUUCCCGGCGCCCCUGUGAUGACCAACCGGCAGCUGACCAUUCAAAGUCUGGGUAAAACAGUCGUUCCAUUCUCAACAAUACCGGCCGAAUACCAACUCCUAACGACAUAUUCCUGUGAUAAUGACACUGACGCAGUUUGUUCAUGCAAUUCAGAAUUCUAUCCAGGCAUCGCUGGUACUAACGGCUACCGAUACUUUAACAGAAUCACCAUGGACUGUGCGAUUCAACCGGCAUAUAUCACAGUUGUCGCCUGCAAGUACCACACAUAUUGCAUCGCCUAUAGCUGUGCCGCACCCAACUACGUUACCGACACCUGCACCAAGCCCAUUAUUUUCGUCAGCACCCGGGCCCGCCCCGAUCAUAUGGCCGACAAAGUUUUAAAACGCAUUGACCAAGUCGUGGAUAUGAUUUUCGCUCCGUAUUGCAAGUCACGCGACGAUAUCCCCAAGCAGAUAUAUACGGAAGACAAACCUUUCUGCCCACUGGAUACACCUGUACCAGAAUGCGUACAGCAGAUAGUCAAGGGACUGGAGGACGAUGCGAAAAACACGGUGGUACCGGUUGCCUUGGAUGUAGCGGCAAAGGGCUCCGCAAUUUCAGGUGGUUCAUUUUCUUUGGUCGGCGCUCAGUAUUACAACCAACUGCCGGCGUAUCCUCCGUAUCAGACACCGUUAUACGCUGCUGCGUACCUUCCACCGCCUCCUACAGUAAACACCAACACCAGGAAAUGUGGUGAUUAUCCUGUUCAGCUUCCGCCAAUGCACAACUACCAGCCCGAAAAGACGCAGGGUUUAUGGCACACUUACCGGAUGUUGCUUCCCGGAGCACCACUGAUGACCAACAGGCGGUUGACCAUUAAAGGCUUGGGUAAAACAGUUGUUCCGUUCUCUACAACACCGGCCGAAUACCAGCUGUUGACGACAUAUUCCUGUGAGAAUUCUUCUGACGCAGUUUGUUCAGCCACCUCUGAAUUCUAUCCAGGAACUGCUGGUGCCAAUGGCUACCGUUAUUAUAAUAAAAUCUCCAUGGACUGUGCGAUUCAACCUGCAUAUUUUACGGUGGCCGCCUGCAACUACAACACCUACUGCAUAGUUUAUAGCUGUGCCAAGGCGAAUUACGUUACCGAAAUCUGCGUCGAGCCCAUUAUCUUUGUCAGCACCCGAGCUCGUCCUGAUCAAAUGCCCGACACAGUCCUAAAACGGAUCGAUCAGCUAGUAGAUACGAUUUUCGCUCCGUAUUGCAAAUCCCGCGAUGAUAUCCCCAAGCAGAUGUAUACGGACGAUAAACCGUUCUGCCCGCUUGAUACACCGGUGCCAGAGUGCGUACAGCAGAUAGUGAAGGGACUGGAGGAAGAUGCGAAAACAACGGUUGUUGCCGAUGCAACGCCAAAUAUUAGUGGUUCUGGUUAUUAAAGAAGACCUUCUACCACUACUGCUUGGUUUAAACAGCACAAUACAUGAUUUGGAGCACUUGUGAAUGUUUGCACCAAAUACAAAACGGUUUUGCACCCCAUAAAUGAUAAAGUGGGAGUAGUGAAAUGUUACAUAUUAUGAAG